ACGGACCACGUCAUCGAGGUCGUCGGCUGGGGCGAGAGCGACGAGCUGGGCGCGUACUGGGAGAUCCGCAACUCGUGGGGCGAGUACUGGGGCGACAACGGCUUCGCCAAGGUGCGGCGCGGGCUCAACGACGGGCUCAUCGAGGCCCACUGCACCUGGGUCCACCCG